CAACCCAUCUAUUCAGUUAUUGCAAUAAAAUCGACUUAGAAGUACAUGUUCCAUUGUUACAAUGGACAUUGUAAUGUAAUUAAUUGUAAUAAUAAUUAACCGUGAAUUAUUUCAUAAUAUAAAUAUAUUUUCAGUUAUUAAACAGUGUCAAAAUGUUCUCUCUAUGUUUGAAAAGUAAAAUAAAUAAUAGAUUAGCAAAUCGUCUCAAAUGUAUAACGCAAUCAAGGAAUUUCACAGUGAAAGGAAUCGACCUAAAAGGUACGGGUGUCGAUAAGCGAUCGCUGGCGAGUGCUGAAAGAAGACAGAAAACCUUCACUGACAGGUCUCAACUGAAGUUCGCUAGAAGACUUGUCGUGAAGCUUGGCAGUGCCGUCAUCACCAGGGAAGAUGGAAAUGGGCUGGCUUUAGGGCGUCUGGCGUCUAUUGUUGAACAGGUUGCCGAGUGCCACCAUGAAGGUCGGGAGUGUAUCAUGGUAACAAGUGGAGCAGUGGCGUUUGGAAGACAAAAGCUUACUCAGGAACUGUUGAUGUCCUUAUCUAUGAGAGAGACGUUGUCACCUAGUGAUCAUACUAGAGAGGAUGCAGGCAGUAUCUUGGACCCGAGAGCUGCGGCAGCAGUAGGCCAGUCUGAGCUCAUGUCAAUGUACGACGCUAUGUUCUCGCAGUACAACGUCAAGAUAGCACAGGUACUAGUAACUAAACCAGACUUCUACAACGAAGAGACCAGGAAGAAUUUGUUCUGCACGUUAUCAGAGUUGAUAUCAUUGAACAUCGUGCCAAUUGUCAACACAAAUGAUGCUGUGAGCCCACCUAUGUAUAUUCACGAUGACACCGUGGUGCCGGGAACCGGGAAGAAGGGUAUUGGCAUUAAGGAUAACGACAGUCUUUCCGCACUGCUAGCUGCAGAGAUUCAGUCAGAUUUACUAAUUAUGAUGUCGGACGUCGAUGGUAUAUACAACAAGCCGCCUUGGGAGGAUGGUGCUAGGAUGAUGCACACCUACACAUCAAAGGAACAAGUGCAGUUCGGUCAGAAAUCGAAGGUUGGCACUGGAGGAAUGGAUUCUAAAGUAAAUGCAGCCACUUGGGCUAUGGCUCGAGGUGUGAGUGUUGUCAUUUGCAACGGCAUGCAAGAAAAAGCAAUCAAAACUAUUAUCAGUGGUAGAAAAGUAGGAACUUUCUUUACUGAUCAUGUAACUAGCUCUUCUACAUCUGUCGAUGUUAUGGCUGAAAGUGCACGUCUGGGAAGUCGUGCUCUUCAACAGCUGACCCCAGCGGAAAGAGCUUCAGCCAUUCAUUCUCUAGCUGAUUUGUUAGUCAAUAAACAAGAUGUCAUUCUAGAAGCCAAUUCAAAGGAUCUUGACGUAGCUGCCAAGGAAGGUCUUGCUAAGCCUCUAUUAAACAGAUUAGCACUAAGUGAAGGAAAAUUGAAGACCUUGUCUAUAGGAUUAAAACAAAUAGCUGAUUCUAGUUACGAGAACGUAGGAAGAGUUUUAAGAAAGACGAGAUUGGCAGAGAACUUAACACUAAGACAAGUGACAGUUCCUAUUGGAGUAUUGUUAGUCAUAUUUGAGUCCAGACCUGAUUCUUUACCACAAGUGGCUGCUCUUGCUAUGGCAUCAGCUAAUGGGCUUUUGCUAAAAGGCGGCAAAGAAGCUGCUCAUUCAAACAAAGCACUAAUGGAUUUAGUGAAAGAAUCUCUUAAAACAGUUGGUGCUGACGACGCUAUAUCUCUAGUUUCAACUCGGGAGGAAAUUAGUGAUUUGUUAUCCAUGGAGAAACAUAUUGACUUGAUUAUUCCACGUGGAUCUUCUGAUCUCGUCAGGAAUAUUCAAAAGCAAUCUCAGCAUAUACCUGUUCUCGGUCAUGCUGAAGGCAUUUGCCAUGUUUACUUAGACAAAGAUGCCGAUCCUACAAAGGCUUUGAAGAUUGUUCGUGAUGCUAAAUGUGAUUAUCCAGCCGCCUGUAAUGCUAUGGAAACACUUCUUAUCCAUGAAGACCAUGUUAACAGCUCUCUAUUUACUGAUAUAUGCAAUGUACUCAAGAAUGAAGGUGUUAUAGUACAUGCUGGUCCAAAAUUAUCGAGCCAGUUGACUUUCGGCCCUCCACCUGCGAAAUCAAUGCGACAUGAAUAUGGCGCACUAGAAUGCAGUAUUGAAGUAGUAAAAGAUUUAAAUGAAGCUGUCGAUCACAUUCAUAAGUUUGGAAGUUCGCAUACGGACGUAAUCAUCACUGAAAAUGAAAGUACAGCAAAACAGUUCUUGAGCACCGUGGACAGCGCGUGUGUAUUCCACAACGUGUCCUCACGUUUCGCCGACGGUUUCCGCUUCGGUCUUGGCGCUGAGGUCGGCAUCUCUACAGCCAGGAUUCAUGCUAGAGGUCCUGUCGGCGUGGAAGGCCUUCUCACCACCAAAUGGAUAUUAGAAGGCACCGACCACACCGCAGCCGAGUUCAACGAAGGCAGAAGGACGUGGCUACACGAAAACUUGCCUGUAAAUUGACUAUACAAUAGAGGAUAUCGAGGAUUAUUGAUUAAAUUGAAAAAUAUUUUUAUAAGAAAUCGUUAAACUACUAUUAAACAUUAUUAAUAUGUAUUUUUAUACCUGAGACUCACGCAUGUACAGUAUCGUAAUAAAUAUUUUAAUUGUUUUGUACAUAUUAUAUGCGAUUUUUGUUUUAUAUAUUGAAAGUUGUAUUAAUAUAAUUUAUAUGUUGAACUAA